CCUUCUUCCUUGCUUGAACAGCAAAGAGAAAGAGCAGGUUGAAUUGUUGCAUUAGUAGAAAAACAGGCGCUGGAGGUGAGGGAAAGGAAUGGAUCUGUUUGGCAUUUUGGUUCGGUCGUUUUUGGUCAAGGCGGUUGAUUUCGAUCUUCGCGCGUUUUGCUUUCGCUGGGUUAAAGUCUUUGGUACGAUAUUCGGCGAAGAAAGGUAUUGCGAGGCAUUUCUGGGCGAUUACGAUCAAGGCAAAAGGGGGGAAAGAGAAAAGGAGGCUUGCUCUACCUUAUACCUGGGGAUCUGGAAUUGGGAUGAUCCUCGACAGAGGAAUGAAGAUAUCCGGAUAGGAGUUAUCUUGCUUUUGGCGCAGGAUUGGGACAGAAACGAGGAGUUGCGUCCUUGGUCACGAUAACGGCGUAUUCAUUGUUUUGAGUUUUUGUGACUCCGACUUAUAUGUGACGGUGGGGACAACAAAAUUGAACAGACACUAGGAGAAAGUCCUCCGAUGAGAGACGGAUGGAAAGAGGAAACUUGGACCAUGGAGCAGUCAUUUGCUGGUGUGGAACAAAGGAUUUCGAUGAGGAAUACCCGGAAACUUGGAGAGGCGUUCCAUUGGGCUGUC